GCCAUGUUAGAUAGUUGUAUUGUAGACCAUGUUAGAUAGUUGUAUUGUAGAGUUUUAAUGGUGUUGAAACUGAAGGCCGCAGCGAAAUGAACGGGGCGGGAGCCCAAGAGAUCGACGACAAGGGUAGCAUGUGGCAUUGGGGACCAAAGCUUCGCCUCUCUUGGCAUACCCUUGAACCCCCUUAAAGAUGUCGACAACGUCCAUAUAUUUACAGAAACUCCCCACUCUCUUCGUCGUCUCGCUGCAAACACCGCGCUCCAGUCUCCCUUUGGAAGAAUCCCAGUCAGCAUCCGGAAAGUACCUCGCCGAGAACCACGCCGACGAUAUAGCCAAACUCGAGAGAUACAUGAUUUACAGCCAACGCGUGUUCUACUUCUUCCUUUUCGUAGUCUUCACCAAUGUCGUGCUGACAUACUUCUUGAUCCUGCACCCAUCCAGGCUAUCUUGCAAACCCAAUGCUGAAUUAUGCGCAGCAUGUGCGGAAGCCAACCCUUCAUGGACCGACCUCCUCGCGGAAAGUAUCUGGGGAAAGGCGUCAACCGCAAUCUCAUCUACAUUGAUCAUAUGCUGGGCGGUCCAUAGCUAUCGUCGCCGCCGCUCUAUGGAAUUGAAGUUGAGUAGUGGGAGGAACAACCACACUUAACGUGAGCUUACCUCUCAUAUGAAAGAUUUUUGGAAGCACCACCAAUGUUGGAGCCUUAGAGCAUCGGAAGGACGGGUGGACGACGAGGAUAUCAAUAUCAAUAUGAAUACAAUGCCGGCAAAACUAUUCUCCGACCACGCGCUGCGCGAUGCCGUCACAGAACCCCCAAGGCUUCUUCCCAUGAGAGCAUCUAAGCUCCAUCUCACCUCCUCACCUCACCUCACCAACCUCAAAUCUCGAAACCAAGCCCAUAACUUUUACAACACCUACCAAUCAUGCCCCCCAAACGACCCACCCAACAACUAACCCACUUCCUCGCCCUCCCCCUCCACACCCCCACCUCCCUCCCCCCCUCCACACGACACUCCGCAC